AUGCUCUCUGUCAGAUCAUUUGCCACAAGGGUUUCGCCUUUCUGGCUCGCUUCAGCAUCGAGACAGUUCUCGUGCUCAACCUCUUCAAAACAGGUCAUUAGUCAGUUCAACGAUACUAAUGGUAAGGAUGCCUCUCUUGCUAUGGCAAAGGAUUAUCACAUCAUAGAUCACGAAUAUGAUUGUGUCGUUAUUGGUGCCGGUGGUGCCGGUUUGCGUGCAGCCUUUGGACUUGUUAAGGAAGGCUUCAAAGUGGCCUGUAUCUCCAAAUUAUUCCCCACCAGAUCCCAUACAGUUGCUGCUCAAGGUGGAAUUAAUGCUGCUUUGGGAAAUUCCCAUCCAGAUAAUUGGAGAUGGCACAUGUAUGAUACUGUCAAAGGUUCUGAUUGGUUGGGAGAUCAGGAUGCUAUCCAUUAUAUGACCAGAGAGGCUCCUCCUUCCAUCAUCGAAUUGGAACACUGGGGUCUACCAUUUUCCCGUAAUAAGGAGGGAAAAAUCUACCAGAGAGCCUUUGGUGGACAGACUAAAGACUAUGGAAAGGGUGGUCAAGCCUAUAGAACUUGUGCCGUGGCUGACAGAACUGGCCAUGCCUUAUUGCACACCUUAUACGGUCAAUCAUUGAAGUAUGACACUCACUAUUUCAUCGAGUUCUUUGCCAUGGACUUACUCAAGCACGACGGUAAAGUUGUCGGCUGUAUAGCGUAUAACCAAGAAGAUGGUACCAUCCAUCGUUUUAAGGCUCACAAGACUAUUAUUGCUACUGGUGGAUACGGUAGAGCUUAUUUCUCUUGUACUUCUGCUCACACCUGUACUGGCGAUGGUAAUGCGAUGGUUUCCAGAGCAGGAUUCCCGCUGGAGGAUUUGGAAUUCGUUCAGUUCCAUCCUACAGGUAUCUACGGUUCCGGAUGUUUGAUCACUGAAGGUGCAAGAGGUGAAGGUGGAUACUUGAUCAACGCCGAAGGUGAGCGUUUCAUGGAAAGAUAUGCUCCUCAUGCUAAGGAUCUUGCCUGUCGUGAUGUGGUCUCUCGUGCUAUUACUAUGGAAAUUAAUGAGGGCCGUGGUGUAGGUGCUACAAAAGAUCGGAUGUUUCUUCAGUUGUCCCAUUUACCCCCAUCUGUCUUGGAAGAGCGUCUUCCAGGUAUCUCGGAAACUGCACGUAUCUUUGCUGGUGUCGAUGUUACUAAAGAGCCUAUUCCUGUUAUACCUACUGUUCAUUACAAUAUGGGGGGUAUUCCAACCAAAUACACGGGCGAGGCUAUUACCGUGGACGAUGAUGGUAAUGAUAAGGUGAUUCCUGGAUUGUUGGCUUGCGGUGAGGCUGCCUGUGCCUCUGUUCACGGUGCAAACAGAUUGGGUGCCAACUCUUUACUUGAUUUGGUUGUGUUUGGCCGCGCUGUGGCUAGAACUAUCAAGCACCAGUUAAAGCCAGGUACACCUCACGAGGAGUUGCCUGCAGAUAUCGGAUUUGAAUCCAUCAAGAACUUGGACAAGCUUAGAACGGCGAGCGGAUCUGUUACAACUGCUGAUCUACGUUUGGAGAUGCAGAAAUGUAUGCAGAAACAUGUCGCUGUCUUCCGUACCCAGGAUAAUAUGGAUGCGGGUGUAGCUGAGCUAGAGAAGAUUGAGGCCAAAUUUCCCGAUAUCAAGACUAGCGACAGAUCAAUGAUCUGGAACACCGAUCUUACCGAGACCUUGGAGUUGCAGAACUUGUUAACUUGCGCUAGGCAGACCGCCAUUGCUGCCGCUGCAAGAAAGGAAUCCAGAGGUGCUCAUGCAAGAGAUGACUAUCCUGACAGAGACGAUAAGAACUGGCAGAAGCAUACGCUUACAUGGCAAAACAGUACUGGAAAGCCUGUUGAGAUUGGUUACAGACAUGUCAUUACACACACUUUGGACGAGAAUGAGUACGUGUCGGCGAUGUUUCAACUUUCAGUAAUUUCCGACCUAACAAGGAUCCCUCCCAAUAUGUUCAAUCUACCCAGAUUGGUGGCUAUCAAACAAGAACUCAACGCUAAGUAUGCCAAUAAAGUCAUUCCCAAAUUAGGACUCGUUAUAUCAGUAUGGGACAUACUAAAGGUUGGCGACGGCAUGCUCAAGCCCGGGGAUGGUGCUAUUUUCAUUAAAGUGAGAUUCCGAUGCAUAGUGUUCAGACCUUUUGUAGGAGAAGUGCUAACGGGAUGGAUCGAAUCGUGCUCUGAGGAAGGUAUUAAGGUGAACAUGGAAUUCUUCAACGACAUAUUCAUUCCUAAAUCGUUCAUAUUUGAAAACUCGUCAUAUUCCCCGAACGAAAAUGCCUGGCUUUGGCAGAUGGAUGAAGAUAACAGUCUCUAUUUGGAUGUUAAUGAAAGAAUCAACUUUAGAGUCGAAGAAGAGGUGUUUAAUGACGUCAAACCUAAAGGUCCCGAAAAUCCGUUGUCUAGUUAUGACACCUCGGAAAAGGAUAAGAAUAAAGAUAAGAGUGACGUUGCCAGCUACAGAACUCCACCUUAUGCCAUCGUGGGAUCGUGUCAAACCGAUGGAAUGGGUUGUAUGAGUUGGUGGGAAUAA